UCCGCGCGCCCACUGGCUUCGAGCGCGCGCCUCUUGCUGCUCGCGCUCAUUCGGCUCUGGCUGAAGAUGGCGGAGCGACGCGAGCGUUGCGGGAUGCGCUCGCGCGACAUCGACGAGAAGUUUUUCCUCUGACGCUCGCAAGAUUUGGAAUCGCGCAGAUGGGAUCGCCGUUCUGAACGGACAUUUAAACGGGAGCUGUUGAGAUUGUCCAAACCCACAUCUCCUCUGAUUCAACAUGACAGCGGUGGAAAGCGUCUGCUCUUUGUUCUGUCACCUCUCACGGCUGCUUCAGGAACUCGCCUGCGUCUCUUUGUCAUCCAGCGCUCUGAUAAAGCAGCUGCCAGGGAACAAUACCAAAGAUGUCACUGAGAAAGAACAGGCGGUUCUGCUAGAAUACAUUUCUCAAACCCCUUGCUCAACCACAUUUAUGAAGCACCAGAAGACCAACAGAGCAACGUUAAGAAAACAAAACUGUGAUGCCGUGAUGUCUCCGGUUGCCUACGCAUAGGGUUGUUUUAUGGAUGGACCGAGCAAGAUACACAAUACGGCAAGCGGCGAAUCCGCCGCAGGCUAUGGGGGCCAUGGUGACCUAGAAUGAACUGUUGUUUCCUGGCAGGGCAACAAUUUUCCUGUCUAAUCCCUUACCUUACACUUCACCCCAGCCGUCCAUUUGGCCAAAGCAGCCAUGGCUGGAGUGAGGAAGCUGGCACGAGCUGUCAGGCAUCAGGGUCUUCAUCGCCUUAUCGUAGCGCUGAUACUCUUCUGCCUGCUUUCCAUGGCUUACCUAGCUUACCACGUCAGUGCAGGACCCAAAAUCAAGGAAGCUCCCUUGCCGCUCCCGCUGGGUAAUUGUGUUGCGACAUCUGCCGUCGGUGGUGGACAAAGGGCGCCGCUGUUCUUGCCAUCUCAGGUCAGCCAGCGCAGACACUUGGGUAGGAUGGCGGAUAACUCACGGACUGAACCUGUGGUCCUGCUGUUUGUGGAGAGCAUCUACUCCCAACUCGGACAGGAGAUCGUUGCCAUUUUAGAGUCUAGUCGUUUUCAUUAUCGCACCGAAAUUGCACCAGGGAAGGGUGACAUGCCACCUCUGGCGUGGCGAGGCCGCGGGCGAUACACGCUCAUCGUCUACGAAAAUCUGCUCAAGUAUGUCAAUUUGGAUUCUUGGAAUCGGCAAUUGCUGGAUAAAUACUGCCAAGACUACGGAGUAGGAAUUAUCGGCUUUUACCGUGCAAAUGAAAACUCACCGUCCAGCGCUCAGCUAAGAGGCUUUCCUCUCUUCCUCCGUUCUAACCUUCCUCUUUGGGACUACAGAGUGAACCCCGCUGCACCCCUCCUUUACAUCACCAAACCUAAUGAACUGGAGCCGGGCCCUUUGCCUGCAGACAACUGGACCAUAUUCCUCUCCAACCACAGCACCUAUGAGCCAGUUCUGUUAGCAAGCCCCAGACCAACCGAACUUAAUCAGCUCCCAACACAUUCACACCAACAGAGGGCGCUGCUGGCUACGGUUGUGCAGGACCUCGGCCUUCACGAUGGGAUCCAACGGGUGUUCUUUGGUGGUAGCUUGACUUUCUGGUUGCACAAGCUGCUGUUUGUGGAUGCCGUUGGGUAUUUAACUGGCAGGCGGCUCAGCUUGUCAUUGGACAGAUUUUUACUGGUGGAUGUGGAUGAUAUAUUCGUUGGGAAGGAGGGGACACGCAUGAAAGUGGCAGAUGUGGAGGCGCUGCUUCACACACAGAACAAACUCCGUUCACUGGUUCCUAAUUUCACCUUUAAUUUGGGAUUUUCUGGAAAGUUUUUCUAUACAGGUACAGAUGAGGAAGAUGAAGGCGACGACACUUUGCUUCGACACAGGCAGGAUUUCUGGUGGUUUCCUCACAUGUGGAGUCACAUGCAACCUCACCUCUUCCACAACGUCAGCGUGCUGGCUGAACAGAUGAGACUCAACAAGCAGUUUGCACAGGAACAUGGGAUCCCCACAGACAUGGGUUACGCUGUAGCCCCCCAUCACUCGGGUGUUUAUCCUGUACACAGUCAGCUGUACGAGGCUUGGAAGAGCGUGUGGGGCAUCAAAGUGACCAGCACAGAGGAGUAUCCUCACCUCAGACCCGCUCGCUACCGCAGAGGCUUCAUACACAAUGGCAUACAGGUUCUUCCUCGGCAGACAUGUGGGCUUUUUACGCACACCAUCUUCUACAAAGAUUACCCAGGAGGACCUCAGGAAUUGGACAAAAGCAUCCGCGGUGGAGAACUGUUUCUUACUUUGCUGCUUAAUCCGGUCAGUAUAUUCAUGACUCACUUGUCAAACUACGGCAAUGACCGGCUGGGUCUCUACACCUUCGAGUCAUUGGUGAGGUUUGUGCAGUGCUGGACUCACCUGCGCCUUCAGACGCUCCCUCCAGUCCGACUUGCUCAGAAAUACUUCCAGAUUUUCCCUGACGAGAGAGACCCCUUGUGGCAGAAUCCAUGUCAUGAUAAGAGACACAAAGACAUCUGGUCCAAGGAGAAGACCUGUGACAGACUUCCAAAGUUUCUGGUGAUUGGCCCUCAGAAAACAGGAAGUACUGCACUCCAUUCGUUUCUGACCCUGCACCCUGCCAUUACAAGCAGUUUCCCCAGCACCGUCACCUUUGAAGAGGUGCAGUUCUUCAGCGGACCAAACUACCAGCGUGGCAUUGACUGGUAUAUGGAUUUUUUCCCCAUACCCUCGAAUACGAGUACAGACUUCCUGUUUGAGAAGAGUGCAAACUAUUUUGACACCGAGACUGUCCCAAAGAGAGUGGCGGCAUUGUUACCAAGAGCCAAACUAAUCACUAUACUUAUAAACCCCACUGACCGGGCGUAUUCCUGGUACCAGCAUCAAAGGGCUCAUCAGGACCCUGUUGCGCUAAACUAUACAUUUCAUGAGGUGAUCACCGCAGGUCCUUCGUCGAACGCCGCUCUGCUGUCACUGCAUCGCCGCUGUCUGCAACCCGGGGCUUACAGCAGCCAUCUGGAGCGCUGGCUACAGCAUUACCAACCCAGUCAGUUGCUGAUGGUGGACGGUGUGCAGUUUCGCUCUGCUCCUGCUCAGGUGAUGGACGGGAUCCAGAAGUUUUUGGGAGUCACACCAUAUUACAACUACACUCAAGCUCUAAUGUUUGAUGAGAGUAAAGGUUUCUGGUGUCAGAAAGCGGAGGCGGGCCGCACUCGCUGUCUGGGUAAAAGCAAAGGAAGGAAAUAUCCGGACAUGAACCCCGAGUCGAGGACAUUUCUGUCCGAGUAUUAUCGGGAACAGAACGUGGAGUUGCUCAGGCUCUUCAAACGUCAGGGCCAGCCGCUGCCCAUUUGGCUCCGAGACGAACUGCACAAUGCCAGCUGGAGCUGAUGAAGACUUACAGGAGGAGAACCACGCUAGAACCCAGUUUCACACUGGAGAACUCAGGGUCUGAGUGCGGCAAGAGCAGGAACAGGGUAACUGACCCUCUCGCCCUGCAUACACCGCACAGGCUCUGAAAGACGGGCCGCUCAGUCCACAAAAGGUCAAGCCCAAGCUAAACUCCUCAGAGGUGGAGGAACUUGUAGUGGACACCUAUGGAAAUGCGAGCUCCCUGAUUGGACAGUGACUUCCAGAUUGGUUUAAAAUCAGUCAUUACCUGGCUGUCUUCUCAGAAAAGAGGAAACUGCCCAGCACUUCCAGGACGUUGAGGUUUUUAUGGAAAAGUCAGUGAAAGAGAGAGGCUGGCAAGGAAUUAUUAAUAUUUUAUUCCCAAAACUGUUUCAUUCUGCCAAGCAGAAACGUAUUUAAAUGUGUCUUAAUUUUUGCCGCCUUGUUCCUUAAAAACAGUGCUAUUUAAAUUAUUUUUGUUAGCGAGGUCAACACUGUACACCCAUGCAGCUACACAAACAAUUCCAAAAUUGUGUAAUAGAUUUUCUUUUUUUAAAGAAAGUCCAUUUUUUUUAUUUUUCCAAGGAAUGUCAAAUCAAUUCAAGACGGCUGUGUGAUUUGCAGAUAUGUUAAAAAUCUAGUGAGCUACCGAUGUAAAGGCUGUUUCCUAAAUGUAGGCACAUAUGAUGUCAUCUAUAUAAAUAUGAUCAAAUACUAAAGCAACAUCGCAAGUGUUCAAUCCCAGAAUGCAUUGGGAUGAGCUCGGUUCGACCCUGGACCACAAAACCAGUCUUAAGUAGCAUGGGUAUAUUUGUAGGACUCAAAUCCCAAAAUGCAUUGUAUGGGUCAAAAUAAUUUUUUUUGCCAAAGAUCAUUAGGAUAUUAAGUGAAGAUCAUGUUCUAGGAAGGUAUUUUGUACAUAAAUA